UUUCAACUAACAAUUGGAUAGCAUCAAGCUAAAAACGUUCAAAUACCCUUUGAAACACUAUAUCAACUAUAGCAACACUGUAAAAACCUUUCAGAACAACUAGCACCCUAGCAACUAUCCAUAACACCCAAGCAACAACAUGAGGGUAUCUUAAAUAAAAAAAACAACAACACAAUAUUAAAUGAAAUUUCUAUGAUAGUUGGGGUAUUUGCAUAAAGAAAUGUAUGGAGUAAAACAAAUACAACUGAAAAUCCUCAAAUCAAAACCUAAAGACCUUAACCUCUCUGGACUCUCCUCUCAUCUGGACUUGUUCCUAUCAAUCCCACCAAUCAUGGGAUAUCUAACAGCAGGGAAUCUUAAGUAUAAAACUGCCUGGGAGGCUGAACAUCUGUCCAGUGCUGUUUGGAGAGAUUGCAUAAAGGCCAUCCAUUUCCAAAUGCGUAAACGUCUGCAAAGACGCAUCAGAAAACAUGUUUAUCCUUCUUUAUCUGAGCUUUUGGAGUGUGUUGGGGUCACACAGCCAGAGCCUGAGCUCAACAGCAGCAACAAAAACAACAACAUUGCAAGCAUUUGUGACACCUGGAGAAGACAACGGCCAAUGCACGACCUGCCAGUUUAGACAGCAGAGUAAACUCAUGCGCCUGCACUCCAUUAAGUCUCAGAUUUUGAGCAUCCUGCGUCUAGAACAAGCUCCGAAUAUCAGCAGAGACACUGUCAAGCUACUCUUACCCAAAGCACCUCCACUGCAGGAGCUCCUGGAUCAGUAUGACCAAAAUGGAGGCAUUAGUGAGGAUGAGGAACAAAGCAGCAGUGAGACCAUCAUUACCAUGGCCACAGAACCUCAAGCCUUCACGCAUCUUGAGGGAAUGCCGAAGUGUUGCAUGUUCUCACUGAGCCCGAAGAUUAUGCCUAACAGCAUCCUCAAGGCCCUGCUCUGGAUCUACCUCCGACCAGCUGAGGAGCCAACCACAGUCUUCAUCCAGAUAUCUCACCUGAGGGCUUUGUCUGACGGGAGCAACCACUCAAGAAUACGAGCGCAAAAAAUUGACGUGAACGCCCGGACAAACUCCUGGCAGCACAUCAACAUGAAGCAGCUGUUGCAGUUGUGGCUCAAACAGCCUGAGAGUCACUUUGGGAUAGAAAUCAAGGCCUUUGAUGUAAAUGGAAAUGAUCUGGCUGUGACCUCUGCAGAAUCCGGAGAAGAAGGACUGCAACCCUUCCUGGAAGUGAAAAUAUCAGACACUGGCAAGCGGUCCAGACGGGACACAGGCCUCGAUUGUGAUGAGCAUUCCACCGAGUCACGUUGCUGCCGGUAUCCACUCACCGUCGACUUCGAGGAGUUCGGUUGGGACUGGAUAAUUGCUCCCAAGCGUUACAAGGCCAAUUACUGCUCCGGUGAAUGUGUGCAGAAGUACCCCCACAGUCACAUUGUCAACAAGGCCAACCCUCGGGGCAGCGUAGGCCCCUGCUGCACGCCCACCAAGAUGUCACCCAUAAACAUGCUGUAUUUCAAUGACCGUGAGCAGAUAAUAUACGGAAAAAUCCCUUCAAUGGUCGUGGACCUUUGUGGCUGCUCCUGAGCUUCUUGAGUAGCUACGGCAAGCCCUCACUACUCUGGACCAGAGGGGAAGUGAAAUAACCUUUACCUUGUCCCUGGCAAAAUAGUUCCUGCUAAAACAAUUGACCACACCAGGAUCCCAACAAACCAACUUAUCCAAUUACUUUAGUUCGUUCUCAUUGACUUUUGCAAACAAGGACAAUAGUACCAUGGUGACAAGGCUUUCUUUGUUUAUGAAGGUAUAAGGCUUCCUCUGUGAAUGCAGUUGAGCAUAGAGAUGACCUGAUGGGCUUUACCAGCUUGAUAUCAGAAUGUAAAAAUUGCAAAAAGUACUUUAAGUUUUAAAUUAAUGUCAAAGGGGGUUGUAUAGUUGAUUAUUUAUAUAAAGUCACUUAUCCCCCAGUGACCCAAAAACAGGAACACUGACCCAAAAACUCACUCAACAUGAUGUCCAAACAAUAAACUUUAGGAUUUCUGCAGUUUCAUAGCAUAUGGGGUAGUUGACAUAUGAUAGGGAUAAGAGAACUCUGUUAUCGCUGUAACUGGUCAUAAUUUUUACAUUUACAAAUAAUCUUUAAAUGCUUUUUAGACAUUGCUGGAACAUGUCAACUACCCAAAAGCCUGCAUCUUUUGUUUCUUAUCAACAAAAUUCACUAGUUAGCCUACACAAUGUCAUAGGCAAGAGAUGAACAUAGAUAUGUUUUUCUAAAAAAACAUGGAAAUAAUUGUAUAGAUUCUAUAGUUCAAAAUCAUGUUGUAGUUUUGAUCUGAUGUACCAAGUAAAAUGCCUGUUAUUGAUG